AUCUUGUCUUGAGGCCAGCCUCCAGACAGCAGCCCACCAUCUUUGGAGGUCUGGCAGACAAACCGUUGUGUGACAUCAGAAUGGACAACAUGCCUCAAACUCCACCUUUCACGGGAGUGUUCGGCAGCAAUGGUUACAACAUGAACCUGUUCCAGACCAAGGAAGAGGGCUGCGGGGGGCUAUAUUACCAUGAUGACACCCUGGUGUCGGGGUCCCUAGACGCCCUCAUCAACCACCUGGUCCCCACCCUGGACUACUAUCCUGAUAGGACGUACAUCUUCACCUUCCUGUUGAGCUCUCGACUCUUCAUCCACCCCUAUGAGCUCAUGUCCAAGGUGUGUCACCUGUGUGUGGAACAGCAGCGCCUGAGCGACCCGCAGGCAGACAAGAUGAGGACCAGGAAGAUCGCCCCCAAGAUCCUCCAGCUGCUGACUGAAUGGACGGACACCUUCGCCUACGACUUCCGGGACGAGAGGAUGAUGAGGAGCCUGAAGGAGCUAACCCACCGUCUAGCCAGUGGAGACGAGCUGUACAGGAAGGCGGUGCAGCAGAUGACCCAGGCUCUGAUCAGGAAGCUGACGGUGCUGAGCCAGUACGAGGAGGCGCUGGGGAAGAUCAGCGCCACGGCGGCGGAGCGUCUGACGGUGCUGAAGGCUAAACCCCAGGCCGUGCAGAGAGACCUGCUGGCCACAUGCAGCGACCCCUUCACUGUGGCCCAGCAGCUCACUCACAUAGAGCUGGAGAGACUCAGUUACAUCGGACCUGAGGAAUUUGUCCAGGCCUUCGUCCAGAAAGACCCUCUGGACAACGAUAAGAGCUGCUACAGCGAUCACAAGAAGGCUAGUAAUCUGGAGGCAUACGUGGAGUGGUUCAACCGACUCAGCUACCUGGUCGCCACAGAGAUUUGCAUGCCUGUGAAGAAGAAACACAGAGCCAGAGUCAUGGAGUUCUUCAUCGACGUGGCCAGAGAGUGCUUCAACAUUGGCAACUUCAACUCCCUCAUGGCCAUCAUCUGUAAGUGGCCACAUGUCACGCUGUGUCCCUCCUCUCCUCUCCUCCCCUCUCCUCCUCUCUGUUCCUCCUCUCCCGCUGGAAAUCUCCUCCCAGCUGCACGGGGUUCUGAAACUCUCCUGUCAUUGUUUGUCUUCCAGAUUGUCAUCCCGUUCUUCAGCCUCUUCAUCAAAGACAUCUAUUUCUUCAACGAAGGGUGUGCCAACAGGCUACAGAGCGGACAUGUCAAUUUCAAGAAAUUCUGGGAGCUGGCCAAGCAGGUGAGCGACUUCAUGACAUGGAAGAAGGUGGAGUGUCCGUUUGAGAAGGACCGCAAGGUCCUGCAGUACCUGCUGACGGCCCCCGUGUUUACAGAAGAUGCGCUGUACGUGGCGUCAUACGAGAGCGAGGGCCCUGAGAACACCAUGGAGAAGGAUCGCUGGAAGAGCCUGAGAUCCACUCUGCUAAGUAGAGUUUAAAUUCCUGCAGGAGCCGCAAGUGUGAACAAGCCACGCUCCCUAUGUUGGUGUCGUCCAAAUAAGAGUUUCCCGCCUUUUGGAAGGAAAACGGACAAUCUGUACUUCUCCAGAGAGAGGGCGUUAUGUGUCCUACAGAGCUGUAUUUCUAAGACUCGCUCUACUUUCUUUUACUCUUUUUACUGUACAUUACAGGACGGCAAAACAAGCGCUUUUUCAUCUCUUUGUAUGACUUUAUAGUCUUUUUUUAAAGAGGAAAAAAAAACAUUGUGACCAUCGAUGUAACCGAAGAAGAUGCUUCUGCAGUCGUCAGUGUCUUCACCAUCCACCUGUUUGGCGGUUGACGCUGGUGAUGCAAACUGUGUCUGACGUUUUCAAAAAACAUAAUGGUUUUACUGCUUAGUUUGGCUAGGAGUUUGCUGCUGGUUGGCGAACUUUCUUACAGGUAUAACAAACUGGUCUCUGUGACAAAAGCCAGCAUUUUGUGUAUUGGGAACUCUUGUUAAACCUAAACCGCUAUGUUGAUAUCGAAUUAUUAAGCUAACAUUAUUUGUAGAUUUGUUUUGUGUUUGUUUUUUUCUAUGUUUAUGAUGUAGCCCAACUGUUUUUCCUAUGUUGUCGACCACACAUUUUUUCUAAAGAGUUUUUGCAAAAUAUUUUGUGCAGAAUGCACUAAGUGCAUUCGAUUAAAAAAAAGAUGUCAUUUCUGUUUGUCGUCUAAAGAUUCGUAAUUCUCUGAAAGCAGGAACACUCACUGAAUGUCCGUUAUCUAUGGACUCUCAACCGGGAUUCCAAGUUGAGGUGUUGGGAUGAUGUGGCUAAUUUUUCCGAUAAUCACCGUUAGAACACAUCUACCACUUUUCUUCUUGACAUGACAGUAGGACCGAAAUGCAGUGUGGUUGUACUGCCCCCUUGUGGGCGAUAUUUGUAAGGCGUGAAUGAGGAAAACGAGUAGAUUGAAUGUGCGUAUUAGUGAGUAGUGUUAGGAUUUUAGAUUUUUCAAUGCUGGAUAAAACAACACACAGUAUAGUCUGAUGUAUAUUCCUAUUGUUAUGAUUAUUAUUUACACCGUAUGUUUUAUUUAUGAUUCUCUUUGUUGUUUUUUUCCAUUAUUAUUCUAUUAUGUGUUCUUAUUUAAGUUUGUACUAGGUACAUAACAUACUUAAGUAGUCAUCGGAUAUCAAUUUAAUAAAUAUUUUUAUAAAGUUUUUAUGAAACACGAUGUUCAGGGUACUAGCUCUCACUAUGAAGUUAAACACAUUGACUGAUGUCUUGCUUGCCUUGUUCCAGCUUUCUUCCCCCACUCAGAAUGAUGUUGUGGUUUACUGUGUAAAUAUUUUUUUUCCUGUUUUUGUGUUUUGAUUAAGAUGGGCAGAGGAACCAUUCAUAAUUGCAUUAUUUGUGUUAAGAGUAAGUGAAGUCAAUAAAAGAAUGCAUAAGGUGA